UCUUCGCGCCCUUUCAGCUUCAACAGAUUUCCAAUGCCCACAAAAAUGGCCGCCACUUCACGUGCUCCGUUCUCCGUUCGUGUCAGUAUCCUAACCACGUCGACGCCGCUCGCCGGCGACACAAUUCCGGCACCAGUAAUCUCAGAACAGCAGACACCCAAUUUGCAGUCGCUGGUCGCGGCAGCUCCGCCCACUACGGUGGCCAGAAAUCUAGGGUUCCGCCCCUCCCCUGAAUUGGGGCUUCUCUCUCAUUUGUUCGUUCUCUCCAUGGCUUUUGGUGCGUUUUUCUCAGUAGCCGUGUUUUCCAUUGCAACGUUAAUUCUGAAUACACAGAGCAACAAAAUACAGAAGAAACAAGCACAAUCAGAGAACAAUCAAACGCAGAAAAGGAACCAAAUUCAAAAGCAAUCCAGGAAGCAGAAUUAGCAGAAGCAGGAUAAAACACAGGGGCAAGCACAGAGGAAGCACAGAGGCCAAAAAGGACCAUUACCAAACCAUGUUACCUGCGGGAUUUCGUGGAAUGAGCUGGCAGAAAAAGGUGCCCAGCAACGUAGCAAUCCACCUUUAUUUCAUCUUGUCGGCUGAGGUGGCACAAUUCUGUUAGGAUUAGAUUCCAUUUGCGUUUUGUCUUUUCUUCCAAGGCUACAUGCCAGAAAAAUGAAUCGUUAGAGCUCGUAGUAGAAAACUCUAUAUAAACAGAAGAGCAAUGUAUCUAAGGAUUCAAGCAAUAAUACAGAUUUCCUUUCCUCAUCUUGUUUCUGGAGGUGCCUAGGCCUCUAAAGCUAAGAAUUCUCUCUUUGCUCCUAACACUAAUGUUCAAGCAGUUGCUGUUUGUUUCUUGCACAGGCUUUUGGAAGAUUAGGAGCUUCAGUGAAGAAAUUGUCAAAGGUUGUUUCGGAAGAGGUGCCUGGAACUUUAUAUUCUCUGAAACUUUCUAGCGUGGAGCUGAGCGACUUACCCAACAACUUAGUAAUAUCAGGCAUAAAAUUGCAGGAUUCAUAAGGAAAUGAAGGACAGGAGCACUGCCAGAUCAAGAUCCUUUCGCAAAAAGAAUGCAACCUCAGGUUGCCAACAUUGCUUCGGUGAGCAAGCUUAUAUGUUUCUGGAAAUGAGCUUGGUUGGUUGGUUGAAUGGAAAUCACUGAAUAGAUGUAAAGUGAUUUCUGUCAUAUGGUUUCAGUUGAAAAUUGAAAUUACAAGCUGUAUAUUGAAAUAUGAUCACAAGGAACUGUUGGGAUUCUAAGUUUGAAGCUGAUGUUGCAAAAUAAUGAGAACAGCAGCUCAAUGAGGGUUUCUAUGUUGAUCCUGAGACUAGUAAAUUACCGACAUUGACUCAAUCAAUGUUGGCUAAUUUGGGGUUGGCGGGUAUCGAGUUUGUCUGUGGUGGAUGAUGUGAACAAUUUUGUAAGAGCUGCAAUGUCUAUCACGGUCUACAUUUUGAAGCGUUGAACAAUUUUGUAAGAGCCACAAUGACUAUCGUGGUCUACGUCUUGAAGCAUUAGAAAAUUGAUCCGAAUGCAUUUGGAUCCUUGGUUU